AUGAAACCAUCUAAACUGCAAGACCAUCUGAGAAGAUCCCACCCUGAUAAAACAGAGAAAAAUUUGAAAUACUUUCAAACACUCAAAGAUAAAUUUCAGAAGAGACCUACACUGGACAGAAUGUUCGCUUCGACGUCGCAAAGAAAUGAUGAUGGUUUGCGGGCGUCUUACAAUAUCUCGUUACUUAUAGCAAAAUCCGGAAAACCGCAUACUAUCGGAGAGAAGUUAAUUUUUCCAGCCGUUGAAGAGGUUUUAAAAACUGUUUUAUACAAACCUGCAUCUGAUAUCAUUAAAAGAAUUCCCUUAAGCAACAGUACUGUUGAAAGACGUAUUGAUGAAAUGAGUGCUGAUAUUGAAAGCUUCUUAUGUAAUUAUUUGCAAACGACCCAUUUCUCUAUACAACUGGACGAGUCAACUUUACCUGAUAAUGCAGCAUUAUUAUUUGCAUAUGUUUGUUUUAUUAUGAAUCAAGAAAUCUACGAAGAACUGCUCUUCGCAAGAACUUUGAUAACCGACACUAAAGAUGAAUCAAUAUUUCAUGUUUUGAAGGAUUACUUCAUUGAAAAAGCAAUUCCUUUAUCAAAUAUAAUAUCAGUAGCUACAGAUGGAGCACCUGCCAUGGUUGGACGUUAUCGUGGAUUUAUAAGCUAUUUAAAACAAAAUGUGUCAGGGGUGUUAGCAAUACAUUGCGUCAUCCAUCGACAACAUUUAGUUGCUAAAAAUUUGAGUGUUAGAUUGCAUGAAUCACUUCAUUUAGUCAUUGAUGCAGUAAACCGAAUCCGAAGCAACGCGUUGAAUACGCGGUUAUUUGCGUAG